AUGGCGCCGGUCAGGUCUUUCCUCGUCGCCACCUUCCUUUCCAGUUUGCUUUCGACGGCAACUGCUCAUUUCGAGCUCAUUCAGCCCCCUCCGUUGGGAGACGGGAAUGAGGACGGACAAGUCAACGGCCCGUGUGGGGGCGUCACGGUGAACCUCGACCAAGACGCCAAAACCGACUUCCACGUUGGCGGCGACGCUGUUGCAGUGCUUUUGGCACAUCCACAAGCGAAUUGGCUCAUACGCGGUACCCUUGACCCAACCGGGGCCGGGAACUGGACUCAGCUCUUCCCAAUCGUCAUGCAGAGCGGCCGUGGGAACUUUUGUGAGCCGGCCGUGGCGGCGCCAGCAGAAUGGGCGGGUAAAAAGGGCAUCAUCAGCACCGUUUGCAAUGCCCCCGACGGGCUGCUUUUCCAGUGUGCCGCAGUCAAUUUCGUGUCGGGCGCCAAUACAUCACCAUCCUGCAGCAACGGAAGUGCAGUGAGCGUCAGUUUCACCGGCGACACGACGCUUGCAGCCCUUGUAGGUGCAUCAAGUCAGCCAUCAAAUACCUCAACCAACCCAACACCUACACCAUCUGGUAAUUCAGCUGCUGCAAUGUUGGGCGGCCCAUCGGCAGUUGGGAGCUUCAUCACAGCGGCGGUUUUGCUCCUUGCGGGAGCGGCAAUGUUUUGA